AUGACCUUCAGUUCUUCUUCAGCUUCAUCUUCAAGUCUUCAUGAUCCUUGGACUAACUCAACUUCUCAUGGCAAUUCUAAUCAAACUAACACUACCACUACCACCAAUCAAUCACUUCAGCUCAGCAAUCCAAUCUCAUUCAAUUCAUUGGAAACGGAUCAUCGUCAUUCAAUCAGACUACCAACCCCUAACUCAGCCACUACUACCAUUCAGUCUACUUCAACUCAAUCAAACUCAACCUCUCAUCCACUCACACUUAACAUUAGCAACAAUUCAUCUUCUUCUUCAGCAUCUUCUUCUUCAAUUCAAACUAAUCUGAUCCAUCAACUUCCUUACGAAGAUUCGAUCACCAAGAAUCUACAACCAUCAUCACCAGAUCUUAUGGAUGCAACUCGACCUACUCUUAAAAGAUUAACUAGAACCGAUCAAUCAUCAAACCCUUCACAAUCUCAACCAUCUCGAAAUGCUACUGGAAUGUGGUUUGGAUCAUUCAAAGACCGUUCAACUAGUAACCUUCAUCCUCGAACUCGUCAUUCAACUCAUCGUGCCAGCUCUUCGCAAUCUAAACCUUCUAAUGACUUACUUGAUUUGGAUGAACCUCAACUCAUUCAACAUUCAGAUCAACUUGAUAAAGGUAAAGGUAAAGCAACACCAUUGGCAGACAAUCUUAAUCGGAUAAAAGGUGCCAAGGAUGUCUUGAUUCAUUCAGUUGAAAAACACGAUACAAUCGCUGGGAUUGCACUCAGUUAUGGGAUCUCUCUGUCUGCUCUAAGGAAAGCAAACGGGAUGUGGGCCUCAGAUCCAUUAAGCUUAAAGGACACUCUCAGAAUACCUCUCGAGUUAUGUAACUUACCACCUUCCAAGAAGAUAGAAAUUGAAGAAGAUAGUGGAAAAGUUUUAAUUUGGGAACAAUCACCUUCUUCAAGUCGUUCAUCAUCUCCAAGAUUAAUGCAUCAUCGAAAAUCAAAUUCACAAGUUGGAACCAAUUCUUGGAUCAAUCAAUCCGGAAUCACAUCUAAUCCAUCACGACAAGUUAGUUCUAAUCAAUGGUUUUUCAAUCAUCAACAACAGAAUGGUAGUCGGAUCAGUUUAGAAAUGAGUGCAAGUGUUGGAACGAGUAGUGAAGCAGGUUUAAGUCCUAACCGAACAAGUUUUGAUAAACUUUCGGCUUUUGGUAAACCGACCAACUCUUUAGAAAAUCAAGAUGAAGUGUCAAAUUAUUUGACUGGGACCAAUUUUGCUUAUCCGAUUUCUGAAUUACCUUCACCUCCUCCUCCGUUAGAUGAAGGUAUUCCACAUGCAAGAAACCCAGGAGUGCUGACUUCGAUUUCUAAUACUAUCUCACCUCCUUCUCAAUCUGGCUCACAUAUUAGUAAUGGUCAACCUAAAGUAAUAGCCACUUUAGAACGAGUACCAGCUCAUGAGCUAGGUUUCUUUACAUCUAAUGCCAAUUCACCUAACCCACGUAAAUCAUAUGACCCAUCUGGAUCAUCUGAACAAGAUUCAACGACCCUUCUUUCAAAUCAACCUCUCAAUAACCUCGCUCUGAACCUGACCCCUAAUCUUCCAGCUCACUCUACCCUUCGUCAACGAUCUGCAACGACGAACAAUCGAUCAGCUCAAGUUCCUAAUCAUCUUUCAUCACCUGCUCGUCAUAACACCACACCUGAUCCUAUGAUUCGACCUACCACCACACAUCGGACCAGUUCGAAUACACUAACUCAGAUCCAUAAUUCACCUCGUAAACAAGUUGGUAGACUUCAAUUGGAUUACGAAACAUCUUCUAUCGAUCCAUCCCAAAUCUCACCUGGUCUGGAAAAGAAAAGAGCAGCGGCUCAAUUGUUUCAAGUGAGAGGAGCACUUCCAAGUGUUUCUAAUCGAGGAGGACUCACUGGAAUCGAUGGUGCUUAUCCUCAAGCUGAAUCUCAUCCAAGAAACAGAUCAUCGAAUGAGAGUAAUGGAUAUCCCAACGUUUCUGGAGCCCACAAUCUAGCCAGUUCAUCAAAAUGGACAACAGUCAGACCAGGAGUACCACCACCAUUAGACAAAAGAUUAAAAUUUUUAGAAGAAGGAACGAGCACGAAGUUUGGAACGAUCUUGAAUGGAUUCUUGAACCUUGAACCACUUGUUUCUUCUUCUUCAUCAUCAUCUGUUUCAAAUCAUCAAUCAAAACCAAAUCAUAAAGAAAGAUUAGAAUUAAAUGAAAUCUUGUGGUCUGAAAGUGAUGAACCUAUUACUCUUCAAAGUAAUAGUCAAAAUCAUCAAAGAAAUAAAGGUUUGAAAAAGUCAAAGAGUGGAUUGGGGUGGGGGUUUUGGAAUGAUUUAUUGGAUGAAGCUUCACAAGCUAGUAGGAAAUGAAAAAAAAAGUUAAAUUAUCAAGAUAAAAAGGAAAAUAAAUCAGAUGGUUUGGGAUCUUUUAAGAAUGAUGGAUUGGAUUUUGGGAUUUAGGUUUAUGGAACUGUUAAGAAAACUUUUUUUCUUUUUGGAAAUUUGUUUAUAUUUGUAAUUAUUAUUUCUUUCUUUUACAUAAAAAAAUCAAUUUUGUAUUUGAUCAUCAUCAUAACAUGUUUUUGAGUUUCUUUUUUUUUUGGAUUUUUUUUUUGGAUUUUUAGAAAAUUGGAAUAAUAAAAAAAU